AUGUCUGAUCAAAACCCCAUAGAAAGGCGGGUAAUCGGCACAAGGCAAGGAGGAGUUCAGUACUCCGAGCGUCUCGCCGUCCGGGUUGUUGUCCUUUCACCCAAGGGUGAGGUCGCUCUUGUCAAAGCGAAUCGAGACAAUUACUACAAGCUACCCGGCGGUGGGAUCGAGAGCGGAGAGGAUCAUGGAAAGGCCGCUGAAAGGGAGGUGCUGGAAGAGACCGGCUGCCACGUCUUGGUGAAACCCGGAUGUUUCGCUACCACGGAGGAGUUCCGCAACGACCUGCACCAGAUCUCUUACUGCUACCGAGCUACCUUGCUUGACGGUCACCAGCCCGGAAAUCCGGAACUGACAGAGGAAGAGGUAUCGGAUGGCUUGAAACAUGAGUGGGUUCCGGUCGAGAAAGCGCUGCAGACCAUGGAAAAUGUGGAACCUACCUCUAAGUUGGGGCGUUACAUCAAGGAACGAGACCUGUUUCUCUUGACUGAGUUUCUCAAGUCCAUCCAGUAA